CCACUUUUUUAAAAGAAAGUUGGGUUCGCUGAUUUGCAUGAAAAUCUCUCUAUUCUCACAAGAUAUUGACUGGAUCUUCUACGUGAAUGUAUUAUUUUUGCUGUAUUAAAUGGUUCAUGAUUGAAAAUGGGGCACCAAGAAAUGGCAGUGGAGAGAAGUAAACUUUGCCGGAAGCUUUUACAGUUGCGAGACGAUUCAGAGUAUCAGGAUGUGACCAUAAUAGCAAGCGGAAAGCACAUUCCAGCUCAUAAAUGUAUACUGUCUGUUGGCAGUGUGUUUUUCAAUGUUUUACUUCAAAAAUGUAAAUCAAGUUCUAGUGGUAAAAGAACCGACACUGUUCAUCUUGCAAACAUUAAUUCUGAUGAUUUGCUGUACUUGGAAGACACCAUAAACUUUAUUUAUGCAGGUGAAAUCGAAAUCAGUAGAACAAAUUUUACCAGCAUCUUUAGACUGGCUAGUUAUUUAGUUGUUAAGGAUCUACUAGAUCUUUGUGAGAUGUAUCUGAGACAGAAUCUGAACGUUGAAAAUUGCCUGCAGUUUUACUUGGAUUUGUGUAGUCUUACAGACAAUUCGGACAGCCAUUUAAAACUGGACCAAGAGAUUGUUUCUUUGGCCAGAGAGAUGGUCGAGGUCAACUUUUACACCGCCAUUCUGCCUGGGGAUGAGAUUUUGCAGGUUACAGAGGAAGAUCUGCUUGAGAUCUUUUCAGAGGGCAUUGUAAAGAACUUCUCCAUCUCAAGUGUCCUAGUCUUUGUCAAAAACUGGAUAGAGGAAAGAACAGAAGAGUCUGAGGUUUUGGUAACAGUAUUAAACAUCGUCAAUGAAAAGUUGCCUGUGUUGACUCGACAAGAUGACAUCAGAAUCGGCAUUACUCAAAACCUUACCGAAUUGAAGGAGUUGAAAGAUGUAACAAAGGCCAACAUUCAGGACGACAGCACGCAGAAAGAAAUUCUCACAGCGCUUGAUGAUGUUGAAAACACCCUUACUUCAUCCCUAUCAGACAGAGGUCUAAACUCAGACGUUGGAGAUGUUCGCGAUUCAAAGAAUACCGAUGGGAAAGCUACUGAUAUACCAAAGGAAACAAUGCCAACUGAUAAUAAUAGAAAUGUCAGAAAUGAAACAGAAGCAGAUGACCAUUUCACCAAGCCCUCGGAGGCUGCAGAUUUGGAUAAAGGUUUGGAAUCGGAUAAUGUAAAGCAAAACACUCCAACUGAACACUUAGACAGUGGAGAAAAGUUGAAAGACGGUAACCAUAUCAACGAUCGUUCUAAGGAGCCGAUUGCAGUAAGCGACAAUGAAGAAUAUUCGAAAGAUGACAAAGAAGAACAUUCUAAAGAUGACAAAGAAUCGACUCCACUGAAGAAGUCUGAUGAAGGUUCUGUAGAUUUAGUGAACAUCUGCACUGAUGAUAUUGCUGGUAAAAAUCUAACCAAUGACACAGAGGAUACUUCAAAAAACAAUCCAAGGGAAAUAGCCGAAGUUGUCGACUACCACAGUGAUUCAGAUACAGAUGAUGUGGAAAUGGUUGAAAGUUCGCCGCAGUUUGCUACACAAUUGUACACAGGGGCGUUAUCAGCAUACAGGAACAGAACCAGAAGCGCAGGAUCAUUGUCUGAACACGACCGAACAUUCCUAGACAGAGUGAACGCAUGCAUGAAGCUGCAGCCCUCGCUGACAAUACCAAAGCAAAAGCGUACUCUCGCCAGUCGAACUCCGCUUAAAUCACCGACAAUACACCCAAAAGCAAAAAAGAAAGAACAGGUUGAGUUUGUUAGUAAAAAGAUUAAAAUUGAACCAGUGCAUGAUUCAGACGACAUCGACGCUGCUGCUGAAAAUGACGAUUCUAACAAUGAAACAUAUUUGAACAUAAACAGCAUAGAUAACACACUUAUUCAAGGCGAUAUGAAUAUAAAACAUGAACAAGAGGAAAACCAAGACCACAGGGCUAUAGCAGUUUCAACAAAACCAAAACCAGCAUCAACUCAAGGCGCAAAGAAAAGAAAAAGUGUUCCAAGGAAGAAAACACUGAUAUCUUGUGACGUUUGCGGCAAAGUUUUUACAAGGCGCUAUAGGUUAACAGAUCAUAUGCGGUCGCAUGAUGGGAUAAAGAAGUUCAGAUGCAUAGAAUGUGGCAAACUCUUCACCAGAAACGACCAUGUACUGAGACAUAUGCAGAAGAAGCAUUUUGAUGUUGAAGUAUUCACUUGCGACGUCUGCUCCGACACGUUUCGAUCUAUAAACGAGAUCGUUUCCCAUUUAGCAAAACAUUUGCAAGAUGAUGCGCUAACUGAGGAUGCCCUUUUAAGUCGGUUUAGUGAGAAGUACAAAGAAAGAAGUUUUGCUGAGGUGAAGGCUGAUGGUGGACGAGUAUACGGCUGUAAAAUAUGCGCCAAAACUUACAACAAACCGUACAGGCUUCGGGACCAUUUAGACGUACAUCUUGGCAUUAAAACGGACUGUCCCGAAUGCGGCGAAAGCUUUAGCAACAAGAAGACCAUGAGUAAACAUUAUUCAAACAUUCAUGCCAAGUCUGAGAACGGUUGGUUAACAUGUCCGCAGUGUAAAAAGAAGUAUAAGAGCGAAGAGGUUUUUGAGAUGCAUAUUUCCAUUUGUGAAAGAGCUCACAAAUGCGACCAAUGUACUGCCGAGUUUUAUACCAGUAACCAUUUGAAACGACACAUCGAGACCAUCCAUAAUAAGGUUAAUUAUCCUUGUGAAGUUUGCACUAAGACGUUUGCAACGAAGUACAGGCGAGACCACCACUUUCAAGUGGUACACGAGGGCAAGAAGAAGCUGGUCAAGAGCGUUAUUUGCGAUGUAUGCGGUCUCUCAUUUGACGGAACUUUCAAGCUGAAAAGACACAUGUCAAUACACACGGGGAUCAAGCAACACAAGUGUGAAAAAUGCGGCAAACAAUAUCUUGAUCUUGCAUCUUUGAAGAACCAUAUAAUGCAGAUUCACGAUAACAUUCGUCCGUACGUCUGCGAGAUCUGUGCCAUGGAGUUCACAGUGAAGAGCAACAUGUUACGUCAUCAACGACGUCAUCGCGGGGAAUACCAUUUCUUCUGCGACGACUGUGGGAAAGGAUUCGUGGCCAACUGCGAUCUUACCAGACAUAAACUGACCCACAAACCGGACAAAGCUAAGAAGAAGCACGCCUGUAAGUACUGCGGGAAGCUCUUCACCCGAGCCUCGAAGGUCCAGGUUCACGAGCGAAUUCAUACAGGUGAACGCCCGUAUGAAUGUUCCUUAUGCCAAAAGAAAUUUACACAAAGUGGCGAUCGAAACAGACACGAGACCAAGGCACACGGAAUCGAACACACCCCUAGGCCAACAUUGUUUGAAAUGGCGAACGAUGCUCCAAAUCCGAACAAAUUUGCCCCCGACUCAUCAACUGCAAAGGAGUUAUCAUACACGGAAAGCUCAAGUUUUAACAGAGAUGAGCAAGAUUUGAUGCAGUUGGCGGUAUUAACGGACGUAGGGAUGAGGAUUCCCGCGUUUUCUCGUGACAAUUCGGCGGGAUAUACCCGGGAUCAAGUACAAGCGGCGUACGGAGUGGCGUCUGAUAUGCAGCAGAAACCGGAAGAGAUGAUAGGAUCAACCCCAAUAAAGACCUUCAACUUUCCGAAUGGGAAUUAUUAGUAUAUAAAUAUGUUCAAACCAUUUUAAAACAGUACAGCAAAGUUAUCGGUUCGAUAUAUAAUGUUAGCCUUGCUUUAACAUCGUGACUAUUUUUCUGAAUAUUUACAUUUUGGUGUUUGUAUGUAUAGUCGAAACCCGUUGGCUCGAUUUCGCUUGGCUCGAUUCCCUUGUUGGGUCGAACUUGAUGUAAAUGACCGAUUUUUUUACUUUUAUGUAAGCAUUCCCGUUUGGCUCGAAAAUUGCUUGGCUCGAAGUAGUUUGGCCUGUCCCAGGGAUAUCGAGCCAAAGGGUUUCGACUGUAAUCUCAUUUCUUAUGCUAUUUUUCAUAUUUUGAACAUUUAUAUAAAAUUAUAUAUUAUUUUUGUACUAUUCUUGUGUGUGCUGGUUACUUGUUGAAAAUUAAUUGUGUACAGCAUGUAUAAAUGUAUUUGUAUAUAAUUUUAUUUCCCAAUAUUUUUCAUAUAUUUUUUUUUUAAUUUGUAUAUAUUUUAUUUUUGUACGACUCCAGUUAAGAUUUUUUGCAUUUCCUGGUUUUCAAUUGAAUUUUAACACUUAAGAAUUUUUUAAUUAUGUAUAUAUGUGUAUAAAAGGUACGCUAUCAAUUACAAUGCAAUUAUUAUAAAAAAUGUGUACAGUCGAACCCCGUUUGUUCGAACACGCUUGGCUCGAUUUCCUUGUUUGCUCGAACUUUAUGUUAAGGACAGAUUUUUAUACUGUCAGAAGGAAAGAAGGAAUGCCCGCUUGGCUCGAUAUCCCCGAGGCUCGAGGUAUAUUCGCCGGUCCCUGGGAGUUCGAGCCAACAAAGUUUGACUGUACUUAAACAGUUAAAUGCGCUGAAAACAUUUAACGUCCGUACUUAAAGUAUAUAAGUUUAAUCAUACAUCUGUUUUAUAUUUUUAUUUUUAUGCUUUUGUCUUGUGCCUUUUCACAGGGUUUAUUUUUGAAUUUUAUGACUGCUGGAACUGACCCUGUAGUUUUCAUUGUAUUAGUGAGAGAAGAAAAUAAGCACUGUAGAAAUGAUUUAAAGAAAAAAGAAACAAAAAAAAAAUGAAAAUAUAAAAAUAAAAUGAAAAUACAGGGACGAGCCCAGUAGCCUAACGUUUGACCAAGUUCAUGUUUAAAGCUGCACUCUCACAGAUUGACCGAUUUGACAUAUUUUUCAUUUUUUGUCUCAGAAUCAGUUGAUUUUGGCUUCUGUGUUUUCAAAUCAGUCAUAGGAUAACACACAAUUGAAUAGAUCUCAAUUGUUUGUCAAACUGCCGAAAUAUCAUUUUUUUUAAAGUGUUUGUUAGUAACGCUUUUAGCCAUAAAAAAUCAAUGUUCGAGCAUUAAUAUUAAAACUGCGAUCUGAUCUUUUUAUCAGCAAUCUUAUUUCACUGGUUUUUAGACAUUUUCGCAAAAUUUGGCUCAUUCCAAGACAAAAAUUAAAAAAGUUAUCAAAACGGUGAGAGAGUGCAGCUUUAAAUGAACUAGGAUUAUGGUCAAGCGAACAUCAAACAAGAGAGGAAUAUAUGCACAAAGUGUAAAUAUGUGGUCUUAUUAGACCUAAAUUCAGCCCCAAUUUCACGAAACAUCUUAAGUGGUUAUAUAAGGAAUUGGUUAAGUUUUUUUGUGUGUGUUUGGUAUGGUUUGAGUAACAUUUACGCUUAAGAGAUUUUGGACCUAAACUGGAAAUAAUCUUUGUAAUACUCACGAUAAAGAAAGUUUUAUUUAGUAAAAUCUAGAUUAACCAAGAAAUAUGGCUUAAAAUAAGCUACUUAAGAUUGUUAUGCUUACCUUGGGGCUUUCUUACAUUAAGUAAAGAAAUGAGUGUAGUCUCUAGAGCGGUGAGAGUUUGUUAUUAUAAUGAAUAUACUGUAUCAUUGCUUCGAUGUGAGAGAUUCAUUUUCAUAGAGUUUUCAAACAUGUAAAUGAUAAAGGCAUGAAAUGCCAUCCUGUUUACAGAUGUUUUGUAAUUAACCUUUUUAGCUCGACUAAUCGAAUAAUAAGGAGAGAUAUACUACUAACCCUAGCGUCGGCGCCUGCGGUGGCUUUGGCGUCAGCCUCACUUCUUGGUGAAGGUUUUUGCUUGUUAGCGCCUUCAAGUCAUUAUUUCAGCAAAUACGUUAUGUUUUGCAUUGAAACUUCACAUACGUGUUCCCUAUUCAUCCAGCCAACUUAAUAAAUGAAGUAAGAUAUCACUGAUUUUGAAAUGAGGCAAAUUAUGGGCCUUUAUUAUUCAGUUAAAAAUUGUGAUUUUGGGUUUGCAAAUAGGUCAAUAUCUCAGCAACUACUUGAUGUAUUGCACUGAGACUUUAUACAAUGGUAUUCAACUAUCCCAACAACUUAAAUAAUUAAGUUGGAUUUCUCUAUUUUGCAUGAAACGUAAAUUAUGGCCCUUUGUUAUUCGACUUAGAAUGUAUGAUUUUUGUUUUGCAUGAAAGCACAUGUAAGUCAAUAACUCAGCAACUACCUGAUGUAUUGCAUUGGAACUUUAAACAAUCAAGUAUGAUAACUCGAUCUUGCAGACAAUACAAAUUUUGACCCUUUAUUAUUUGAAUAAGAAAUUAUGGUUAAAGUUUUGCAUUUAAUCUAACUUUACAGUGAUCCAUGCAUGUUUCACUAAAACUUUGCAAUUCCUAACUUAAAAGUGGCGUGAUAGUCGAACCGGUUGUUUUGUUGAUAGCUCUUGUUAUAAUAAAACUAUGAAGAGAGAGAUAGUGUGGGCUGUAGGUUUUGCAUGUUAGUUACCAAAUUUAAGUCAGUAACUAAGCAAAUACAUCAUGUAUUUUAACUUUAGACAUGACGUGUUUCCUGCUAUCCAAUCUACUUCAUUAAUCAAGUGAUAUAACUCUGGAAUGCAUAUAUUGCAAAUAAUUUUUCUUUAUUAUUCGAUAUAGGAAUUCUUGUAACGGUUUUGCAUGUAAGCACACAUAGGUUAACAAACUCAGCAACUACAUGAUGUAUUGCAUUAAGAUGUAUACACCGAUAAUCAACAAUCCAACCUAUUUGCAUAACCAAGUUAGAUAACUGUUGUUUUGCAAAUGAUGGCCGUUUAUUUUUUUGGUUAGAAAUUCUGAUUGAGGUUUUGCGUGUAACCACAUUUAAGUCAAUAUUUCAGCAUCAUUUUGUACAUUGAAUCUUUUUACAAGGGCUCCCAACCAUUAUUAAAUCAAGUAAGAUAACUUUAUCUUGCAAAUGAGAUUAAUUGUGCCCCUUAUUAUUCUGCUUAACCAAUCUGGUAAAGGGGUUGCAUGGUUGCACAUGCAAGUCAAUUACUCUGCAACUACUUCAUAUAUUGCAUUGAAAUUUUAAACCAUCAAGUAUGAUAACUCUUUCUUGCAUAUAAUGUUUCCCCUUCAUUAUUUGACUUUGAAAUUCUGGUUUAGGUUUUUCUGGUUUAGGUAUUGCAUUUAAUCUUAUUUUACAGAGCUCCAUGCAUGUUUCACUACAACUUUUCAAUUCUUAAACUUAAAAGCGGCGGAUUAGUUGAACGCGGAUUAGUUGAACGCGCUGUCUCUGUGACAUCUCUUGUUAUUUGUUGUUCAUGUUUUAAUGAUUUGCCUAUUUACACAAUUGAAAUAAUUCUCUUCUUUUAAUAAUUCUUGAAAUUUCAUAAAAUAAAUAUUCAAUUUAUACAUGUAUAUAAUAACCAUGCUGUAUACGCCAUAAGAUCCAAAAUUAAUUCACGCUAAAAUUUGAGUAUUCUGAAUUCUUUGUUUAUACUGUAUUUCACAUGCCUUUAUUUGAAAAUAUAUCCCUUGUACUAUUAUCAUUAUAUCAUAUCCGCUAGUUGAAAUAAAAUAUUUGAAUUGUG